CUUGGAGCUUUUAUUCUAACACAGCAAGUACAAGUGAGCUGUGCUCUCACUGCAAUAACGUCCGGCUUGGUCACAGGCAGAAGAGGACAGAGAUAUCCACAUCCUUUCUGGGUUAUAAGGAAGCUGUUCAUAGCGUGGCUGGAGGGAAGAGAGACAGCACUGGGAUAAUGCUACUGGGAGUCUAAAGUCUUCGCUACCAAGGCAACGCACCCCUCUUAAAUUCCUGUCUUCUGGCUAUAACGUCUGGCUGCCUUCAUGUGCAUGGUGCAGAAAUGAGGGAAAGUAUGCCACAGACCCCUAUAUUUCCCAGCAUGCUUGGCUCCACCUGUAGUGGGCAGGUGCAGCCAGAGAUGGGAGAGCAGUGUGGAGAUCCUGUCUACCAAGAUGGAAGCCUGGUUUCUGGGUCCCUGGAAGUUUUAAUUGAACGUCUUGUGCCUACUUUGGAUUAUUAUCCUGAUAAAACCUAUAUAUUCACCUUCUUGCUGAGUGCACGGAUCUUCAUUCAUCCUUAUGAGAUUCUGGCCAAAGUGGGACAAAUGUGCAUCAAGCAAAAACAGCAACUGGAAUCUGGAUCUGAGGCAGACAAAGCCAAACUCAAAUCCUUUGCUGCAAAAAUCAUCCAGCUUCUGAAGGAAUGGACAGAAACAUUUCCUUUCGAUUUCCAAGAUGAGAGAGCUCGAAAAGUAAUGAAAGAGAUUGCACAAAGUAUCACACAGUGUGAUGAGGAGAAUGGAACUAUCAAAAAAAGCAUCAGUCACAUGACUCAGAAUGUACUGCUUAUUCUCUCCACUCGGGGCCAAUUCCAGGAGGUCAGGGAAAAGAUCCGUCAGCCUGUCAGUGAUAAAGGCACCAUUCUGAAAACCAAACCCCAAUCUGCUCAAAAGGACAUUUUGAGUGUGUGUAGUGAACCACUGAUUUUGGCUCAGCAGCUAACCACUAUUGAACUGGAACGAUUAGGAAACAUCUACCCUGAAGAUUUGAUGCAAAUCAUCAGUCACAUGGAUUCCUUGGAUAACCAUAAGUGCCGAAGUGAUGUCACAAAAACCUAUAACCUUGAAGCCUAUGACAACUGGUUUAACUGCCUAAGCAUGCUGGUGGCUACAGAGAUAUGCAAGGUGGUGAAAAAGAAGCAGAGGACCAGAGUAAUGGAGUUUUUCAUAGAUGUAGCCAGAGAAUGUUUUAACAUUGGAAAUUUCAAUUCCAUGAUGGCCAUCAUCUCUGGAAUGAAUCUCAGUCCUGUAGCCAGGCUUAAGAAGACUUGGUCCAAAGUGAAAACAGCCAAAUUUGAUGUUUUAGAGCAUCAUAUGGAUCCCUCAAGCAACUUUGGAAAUUACCGUACAGCUCUGCAGGGAGCAACACAAAGGUCCCUUAGUGCCAACAGCAGUCGGGAGAAAAUUGUAAUCCCAGUUUUCAACCUUUUUAUCAAAGACAUAUUUUUCCUUCAUAAAAUCCAUUCCAACUGUUUACCUAAUGGACACAUUAACUUCAAGAAAUUCUGGGAGAUUUCAAGACAGAUCCACGAUUUCUUGACAUGGAAACAGGUGGAGUGUCCAUAUGAGAAGGACAAAAAGAUUCAGACCUACCUACUAACCACACCAAUUUACACUGAAGAAGCCCUUUUCCUGGCUUCCUUUGAGAAUGAAGGCCCAGAUAACCACAUGGAAAAGGACAGCUGGAAGACUCUCAGGUCAACACUUUUGAACAGAGCCUGAAAGCCCAUCAAUCAAAGCCUGAAGCACAUACAGGAAUAAAAGAUUUUUAGAUUUCUUUUUUGUGCAGAACAUUCUGUGCAGGAAGUUAGUCCUCACUGGUUGGGGCUUGCCAUUUUUGUAUAUAAUCUUUUAUGACGUCUAAAAAAAUUAAUGGUAUAUAAAUAUAGAUAUAUAUAUAUAUAUUUCAUGCUUUAAGCACUUAUAAUGUAAAAGGGAAUUUUGUUUCUUAUUUUUGUGUUUUACUAAAAAUAAAAAGACCCUUUGCUGCAAGUAUGGCCACUACACAAUGCAAAGAAUUUACAUCUAGAAUAAAAUGCUUUGCACGAGCCCCAUA